AUGUUACCAACUUUUGGCAAACGUGCAAGGAAUUGCAACGGCGAAGUGAAAAAGGUCGACGUCAGGGUUUGCAUUCCGCAAACCCUGACGUCGACUCGCAGUGAAAGUGCGGAUUUACCAGUUGGAAUGAAAUGGAACGUUGUUGGAAAAUAUUGUUUACGAAGCAAAAAUGUGCCUGACCAGCAUUGUCGAUUACCGCUUGGGGUGAGGAUAAGUCCAGGUAUUUUCAAUGCAAAUACUGACCCUCUCUGA